AUGGGGAAAGGGAAUGAGAAUGAUUCCCUUUUGCCUACUCUAAAUCCUCCUCCUCCACAAAAUGAUCCUCCUCCACAAAAUGAUUUACCCUCUCAAGAAAGUGAACCAAGUACUCCUUUACAUCAUGCUAGUGAACAACAUUCUUCCCUAUCUCACAAUUUCCCUCAAUAUGAAGAUGGGCAAUCUUUUCCCCAAGGUGGUUCGGAUCCUAGUGCUCAAAUUGGUGAAGGAAGAUUAAGUGCACUUGAUAUUAUUAAUCUUCCACAAGACCCCGGAAAAAGAAGAAGGAUGUGUGAUUUUCAUCCCGAUGAUAGGGAUUUAGUGCGGAGAACAUACAUUCAAAGAAAGCCAUGUCAACCUAAAGAUCAUGUGUUUCCUCAAACACUUUUUGGGCCGAAUAAAAAACGCCGAUUUUGUGUUAAAUGGUUUGAUACUUGGCCAACAUGGCUUGAGUAUAGUGUUGAGAAAGAUGCUGCCUUUUGUUUCAUUUGCUAUCUUUUUAAGGAUGGUAACACAGCGGGAGUGGAUGCUUUUGUUAAUGGAGGUUUCAGAUCUUGGAAUAGAAGAGACACAAUUGUAAAGCAUGUUGGUGGACACAAGAGUGCUCACAAUAAUGCCGUGAUUGCUAUGAACUUUUUCAUGAAUCACAUGAGUAGCAUUGCCACCGCUUUAUCAAAACAAACAGCGGAAACCAUGAGUGCCUAUCGUAAGAGACUGGAAGCUUCAAUCGAAACCAUUAGAUGGAUAUUGUUCCAAGGGUUGCCUUUUCGUGGUCAUGAUGAAAAGGAAAGUUCAUUAUCUAGAGGUAACUUUCUUUCGUUAUUAACUCUUCUUUCAAACCAUGAUCCUGAGUAUUCCAAAGUUGUUUUUAAAAUGGCCCCUGGUAAUUGUCAACUUACUUCUCCAAGUGUCCAAAAAGAUAUAAUCAAUGCUUGUGCUAAAGAAACAACUAAAGCAAUAUUAGAAGAACUUGAUGGUGGAUUUUUUGCUAUUCUUGCUGAUGAAUCUGCCGAUGUUUCCGAUAAGGAACAAAUGGCACUUUGUUUGAGAUUUGUUAAUAAAAAGGGGGAAGUGUGUGAGAGUUUUCUUGGUAUUGUGCAUGUUCCUGAUACUAGUUCUUUGACUCUCAAAGCUGCUAUUGAGUCAUUACUCAUGGAACACUCUUUAACUUUCUCUCAAGUUCGAGGUCAAGGUUAUGAUGGGGCAAUUGCACUUGCUAAGAAAAACUCAGAUUGUGGUUGGCUUUUUGUUGACGUACUUGCACCUCUCUUGAACUUUGUGGGAGGUUCACCUAAGAGGAAAGAAUUUCUUCGAGAAAAACAACGUCAAGGGGUUGUAGAAGCAUUAUCUUUGGGUGAAAUUGAAUCGGGAACUGGUUUAAAUCAAGAACGUGGCUUAUGUAGACCUUGUGAUACUCGUUGGGGAUCUCACUUUAAAACCAUUUUGAAUGUGCUUGAUUUAUAUCCUUCAAUACUUUUGUCACUUGAUUCCAUUGCAGAAGUAUCUGAUACACUUGAUUCGAAUAAAGCACAAUCUAUUACACACUUGUUGAUGUCAUUUGAUUUUGUGUUUGUGGCACACUUGAUGGUUGAUAUAUUUGGCAUUACAAAUGCGUUGAAUGUAGCAUUGCAAAAACAUGAUCAAGAUAUUGUAAAUGCAAUGGUCAUGGUUGAUGUAACCAAGACUAGUUUGCAAAAGUUGAGAGAUGAAGGAUGGGAUUCACAUAUGGAAAAAGUCACUUCUUUUAUGGCUAAAUAUGACAUUGAGGUUCCAAACAUGGAGGGGCGAUAUGUGGUUCCUGGGAGAAGAAUGUAUAGAGGUAAAGGUCCACAUGUGACUAAUCUUCAUCAUUUUAGAGUUGAAGUUUUUCUAAGUGUCAUUGAUCUUCAAUUACAAGAACUUGAAAAUCGAUUUCCCGAGAAAAUGGCUCGUAUUGAAUUGCAGAAUAUAUAUGGCAAAGACUAUGCUAUUGGUAAACCAGCUGAAGGUUAUGUUGAAGCAAUUGACCAUUUGAAAAAAGUUGUCCCUUCGCAGGUUACACUUGAUUCAAGUGAUGAUGAGUGA